AUGCCGUUCAAAGUUGUUCAAACCUUGGAGGGAAAGAAAUAUAAAUUAUUUACUAUUCCAUCGGGUUGGGAAUCUAACAAUAUUCUCAGAUAUCCAAAUAAAUGCAUAUCAAAGUAUUUAAAAGAUGAAAAUUCAACACCAACGCUAGACUGGGACGUAAUAAAAUGUAAAGUAAAACGGACCGAUGUAUUAAGCUACGAAAACGGAGAAAAGCUUGUAUCUGAAAUGCUGAAGCACAGUGAUACGGAGGACGAUGUCGAUAAUUAUACGCAGCGGCGACGUUCACAUAACAAAUCUUUAAAUCUGAAUCCAAUAGCACAAGAUAUGAUGGGCAAUGUUGUUUUGACUAACCGUAACACAGACAUAGCGUCAUCGUCCGCUGACUUGCCGAUUGAAUUAAACUAUAACUUAGUUUAUACCGAGGAUAUUCAAGCAAAUUCAACAAAUACAUCUCAAGUCUUUUCAAAUGAUACUACACCUUUAGUACAGGAUUUAGUGUCUGCUUUGUCUGUGCAAAUGGAAGACGCAGUAUUUCAAAUAACUUCAUCGUAUAAUCAAGACGUGCAAACUUUAAAUAGCAGCAAAGGCCAUGUUGAAAAUAUUCCAAUAUAUGAAAAGCCAGUUGACAGCGCCCAGGAGUUAGAUGAACUCGAAAAUCAGUUAUCGGACCCAAACAAUAGAGACUGUUUGAAAAAUAGAUAUUCUAUACUUUGUUCUGGAGGUAAAGCUAUAGACUGUGCUUAUAUGCUUGUUGAUGUUAUGUUUACAAGGAAAUUUAUUUGUGAGUGCUCAUGGAGUGGGGGCAGCAGAGGUGAAGAUUUGAAAAUUCCUUUAAAAGGUUAUAAACAUGUCUUGUCUUUUUUCUGGAAUAUGGUGCACUAUUGGGAUCAGGAAUAUUCUUUAAAAGAUAAUGAAUUAUUUUUCAAAACGAUUUUGAAAAAUGCCAAAAAAAGAAAAAUUGCAAAACUUGAAAGAGCUUCAACAUCAAGGCAACGUUCGAAACCCAAAAAUAAUUUGAAACGUAUGAAGUUUUCAGAAGAAAAUGAGACAAAUGUAACUUCUGAUAACGGUGAAAGUGAGAAUGAGAUAAACGAAGAAGAAAACACGAUAAAUAAGAAGAAAAGAAAUGAUUCAGUAGAAGAACACACAAAGGAAAAUAAAGAAGGCGAUGUUAUAAAAAAUAUCUCAAAAGACAUCGCCAAAUAUAAUAGUAACGUUAUAAUUGGAAAGGAGACAAGUGUCUGA